GAAGCCCCGAGCCGAGAACAGCACUGGGCCUGUCGUUGGCCGCGGAGGCCAUGGAGCUCCCCGAGGAAUCUCUGUCCGCGCGGCCGGCGCUGGAGACCGAGGGCCUGAGAUUCCUGCACGUUACAGUGGGCUCCGUGCUGGCCAGCUACGGCUGGUACAUCCUCUUCAGCUGCAUCCUGCUCUACAUUGUCAUCCAGAAACUCGGAGUCCGACUGAGGGCGUGGAGGCAGAGACAGCUGGACCAGGCUGAAGCUGUUCUGGAACCUGAUGUUGUUGUAAAGCGACAGGAGGCUUUAGCAGCUGCCCGUUUGAGAAUGCAGGAAGAUCUAAAUGCCCAAGUUGAAAAACAUAAGGAAAAACUAAGACAGCUUGAAGAAGAGAAAAGGAGACAGAAGAUUGAAAUGUGGGACAGCAUGCAAGAAGGCAAAAGUUACCGAAGAAAUACAGGAAGGCCUCAGGAAGAAGAUGGUCCUGGGCCUUCUACUUCAUCUGUCACCCCCAAAGGAAAACCUAACAAAAAGCCUUUGCGGGGAGGUGGUUAUAACCCUCUGACUGGUGAAGGGGGUGGAACCUGCUCCUGGAGACCUGGACGCAGGGGCCCAUCGUCUGGUGGAUGAAGCUAAGACUCUUGUUAGUGUCAUUGACAUUAGCAAGGUGGACCCUUAACCCUCAACUCAAUUGCCUUACGCACACUUUCACAGUGACUAGCCAAGAAGAGGCGGGGCUUAUUUCCAUUCUUAACUACCUGUAUUUUAAGGGCUUUGGUCAGUAUGAGAAGAGACAUUGCCAUUAGGUCACACUCUACUUAGAGACGAGACAGCCAUUAAUUUCAUGGCUACUUGCUAGUUGGUAGGUUGAAGACCUCUUGCUAUUUAGCAGACUUUGUGAAGGAGGCCCAGUGGUAAUCUUUUGGGGGUAGAAGUCCUUUCUGAUAGGACAGUCUCUGUGACAGAAUGCGUUGAAUGAUGUCUUCCUUAUAAAUGGUGAGCCCACCAGUGAGGAUUACUGAAGUACAGUUGAUGGGGUUUGCUUCUGUAUAUUUAUUUUUAUGUACAGAACUUUGUAAAAAAGAAAAAGUUAAAUACUUGAAAAGCAACAUUUUUAGCAUCUUUAUUAAACUCAAGGAAAUUUCCUUGUGAGCUUGACUUUGUCAGAUAUUAAAUAGCUUUUUGUCAUCCAGUCUCCAAUUAUUUUGCUUACUUCUCAUGGCUAGUGGCAGAUAGUCUCGGUGACUUUAAAGUUGACAGACUCCUUGAGUUUUAGUUGUUACAUUGGUAGGAUAAACAAAUAGCACAGCAGGCUGUGGUGGU